GGGUCAGAGUUCUAUCUGGAAACCCCUUAGGUGCGUUGAAUGGGGCGAGCCUGGGAGGUUCAGCUAACUGGCAGCUGGGGAGGAAGGAGUUAAACAGUGCUGCUGUCACCUGAGCUAGGCCUCAGAUUACCAGCUGGUCCAGGUUCUGCUGGUUAGGAGGUGGAGGUGAGCCUGCCUCUGGGCCUCUGGCUGUCUCAGGCCUGGUAAGUCCUACUGAGGAGGUCUGGGUCUGUGUCGGGGGGAGACCCCUGGCCAGGAAAAGGGCUCUCACUGGGGAUCCUCACUGACUCUAUCCCCAGGCUCCCAGCUAUGGCCCUGCCUCCACCUCUGGGCCCUAGACCCCUCUCAGAGCCCCUCAACCACCCCCCUGGAGCCCCCAGGGAACUGGACAUUGCUGGCUUCACCCUCUGCCCCGCUUCUGAGGAGAGACUCAGACCAGACCAGGCCCAGGAACUGGGGCAAGACUCCUUGGACCCUCCCCAACACCUCCAGGGUGGGUUGGGGGGCACUGAGCUUACUGCUGGUCCCCUCAGAUUGCCAACACCCACUUCCAGUGAGGAUGCAGCAGGGGGCAAACACUGUGAGCACCUCAGCUCUGGCCAGGAGGUAUUGGAGGCUGAGCAGGACAGCCUAGCUCUAUGCCUAUUGGGGCUGGGCCUGCGGCUGCGGGACCUAGAGCGAGGCCUGGGGCCCUGGGCAUCAGCCCAGAGCAGGAUGGGCCAGCUGCAGGCCCUCCAGGCAGACCUGCGUGGGGCAGCUGAGCGCAUAGAUGCCCUCCUGGUGUUUGGUGAGGGGCUGGCACAGCGGAGUGAACCUCAGGCCCGGGCAUCCCUGGAGCAGGUCCUGAGAGCCCUCAGAGCCCACCGAGGCAGCAUCUUUCGGCGACUGUGGUGGCUGCAGGCCCAGCUGGUCAGCUCUAGCCUGGUAUGGCCCACCCUGGCAGCCCCUGCCCCAGGUACCGAGUCCACACCCCCCAUAACUCUGUCUUCUGACCAGGUAUUUGAGGAGGUCAGCCCACUGGAUCAGGACUUGGAAGUCGAGGGGGACUUGGAUGGGCCAGGACCUGGUGAGGUCUGGGGGCCCUGGGCACCCAGUAGCUACCCCACUCCCGCAGAGUUGGAGUGGGACCCGGCAGGGGAUGUUGGAGGCCUCAGGCCCUUGUGGCAAAAGACAGCCUGGACACCAGGAGCUCCCUGUGAGCUGUGUGGUCACAGAGGCCCCCAGGGCAGGGGACAAGGCCUUGAGUUCUCCCAAGGACCCCACACCUCAGUUUCCCCACAAGACAUGCUCAUGUCGGGUUUCAGCCACUGGAAACAUUUGGCAGGUCAACGAAGACGUUCCCUGCUCUGGAAGUCUCAGGACAAGAAGCGAGCAUCUCCCAAUCUCCAGGGCGUGAUGUUGGAGGUAGACCCUGGAGCCCCUCCUCCUGCAUCCGGGCACUCGCUGAUCUUCCUCCUCCUCCUCCUCUUCUUUCUCCUGGUGGGUGCCACGUUGCUCCUGCCACCUUCAGGGGGGUCCUGCUGCUCUUCUGCCCGACUGGCCGGGACACCUUACCUGGUGCUCAGUUAUGUCAAUGGUCCUCCUCCAAUCUGAGUACAUAGCCCAGAUGCAUGUAAUAAACAGUUACUGUCAAUGAUG